AUGACAUAUUUUCCUCCGGAAGCGUAUAUUAUUGCAGGAAAUGAUGCAGUCAAGACAAUGAUUUAUUUGUAUAUGAGCGCACAGCAUUAUGUGCUGUGUGCAUGUGUAGCCCAGAAGAUUACCAUAGCUAUUUUGACCCAAAAACCUUCCUCGAAAAGUUUUAUAAAAACUUCAAAGGGGACGAAAGUGAGGAUCAAUCAGUGUCGCCGUUUAUAAAAAUAUUUCACGAUUUUUGGUCUAGCUUUAAGGCACCAACAGACACAGACGUGCGAUAUCUCGAGUUGGUGGUGGACCUUCUAUAACCAACCUUGUUUUUGCUUGCCCAAAAGUGGAUCAUAUUGUGUUUUCCGAGUAUACAGAAGCGAAUAGACAAGCCGUGAGGUCGUGGACUGCUGGCGACCCAGACGCCCACGACUGGAUGCCUUUAAUUGAAAUCGCUGUUCUUGAACCGGCUCGAAUAAGGACGUAGCAUCGUAGAUGAGAGAAGUGAAACCUCCGCAGACAAAGGGAAGCUCGACUGUGUACUAAAUCGCGCUGAUGAACUGAAACGAAAAAUCAAAUCCAUUGUCCCAUGUGAUGUGAACAAAGCUCCAAUGGUCCAACUUGAUAGUGAUGAUGUUGCCAAACCAUUUGAUGACGUGUCCACCAGUUUGUCGGUCUGGAGGAAUGUGUGUCGUCUGAGGUGCACUACAAGAAAGUCGUCGCAGAACUUUGCAAAUUACUCUUUAUGAACGGCGUGCUAGAAAGAACGUUUUAUUUUGUCGGCGAAGAAAAGUUUUAUAAGUUUCCCAUAACUGAGAAAGUGGUGAAAGAGGCAAUGAUCGAAGCAGGAAUCGAAAUUGAGAAAUAUGUAACAAUUCCAAUGGUUCCAGUACAUUACACAGAAGUGACCGACUCUAAAGCUUUAUUUUAUACUUAUGGCAGAAAAUCUGCAGAAAAGUGA